CCUAGGGACUGGGAUCUGAAAACUGGAGGGGCUAGGCUCCCAGUGGCAGUGGAGCAAUGCCAUCAUCUCUAGCAAGCCUAUCUCUAGCCUGCCAGCCCCUGGACCUGCUUAGUGUUCGAGAGUAAUGAACGACCUUGCUGAAGCCGCUGUUCCUUAGGUCUCUGUGGCCUGUAGCUGAGCUUGACUCUGAUUCGUAGGCCUGCAACUGGUGGGCCUCUACCUCUAGGGAGUGGGGUGUAGAUUUUUCCUGGAGGUGAAGGUUCUCAGCCCCACCCUCUAGCCCGCCCACCCAGCUCCAGCCGGCUGUUUCUGUCUCGGAUGAGAGGGGGCCUCUCAGGACAAAGAGGAAGUAGCUGGAAGGGGAAGCAGCGAGCUGCAGAGAGGAGGAGGUUGGUGUGGAGCACAGGCAGUACCAAGCCUGCCCCAUGAGCUGAGGGCCUGCAGUCUGCGGCUGGAAUCAGGAUGGACACCAAGGCAAGACCCCCAGAGAUGCUGAAGCCUCUUCGGAGAGCAGCAGUGACCCCCAUGUGGCUGUGCUCCAUGCCGCCCCGCCGCCUGUGGGACAGACAGGCUGGCACGUUGCAGGUCCUGGGAGCACUGGCUAUGCUGUGGCUGGGCUCCAUGGCUCUUACCUACCUCCUGUGGCAAGUGCCCCGUCCUCCCACCCGGGACCAGGUGCAGCCCGAGGACGUGCCCAGGUCCUGGGGGCAUGGUUCCAGCCCAGCUUUGGAGCCCCUGGAAGCGGAGGCCGGGAAGCAGAGGGACUCCUGCCAGCUUGUCCUUGUGGAAAGCAUCCCCCAGGACCUGCCAUCUGCAGCCGGCAGCCCCUCCGCCCAGCCUCUGGGCCAGGCCUGGCUGCAGCUGCUGGACACUGCCCAGGAGAGCGUCCACGUGGCUUCAUACUACUGGUCCCUCACAGGGCCCGACAUUGGGGUCAACGACUCAUCUUCCCAGCUGGUGCGCCCCGCCCUGACCCCACCGCAUCCUGGUGCUGGAAACACAGGAGAGGCCCUUCUGCAGAAGCUGCAGCAGCUGCUGGCCAGGAACGUUUCCUUGGCUGUGGCCACCAGCAGCCCAACACUGGCCAGGAAGUCCACCGACCUACAGGUCCUGGCUGCCCGAGGUGCCCAGGUACGACGGGUGCCCAUGGGGCGGCUCACCAGGGGCGUUUUGCACUCCAAAUUCUGGGUUGUGGAUGGACGGCACAUAUACAUGGGCAGUGCCAACAUGGACUGGCGGUCCCUGACGCAGGUGAAGGAGCUUGGCGCUGUCAUCUAUAACUGCAGCCACCUGGCCCAAGACCUGGAGAAGACCUUCCAGACCUACUGGGUGCUGGGGGUGCCCAAGGCUGUCCUCCCCAAAACGUGGCCUCAGAACUUCUCAUCUCAUAUCAACCGUUUCCAGCCCUUCCAGGGCCUCUUUGAUGGGGUGCCCACCACUGCCUACUUCUCAGCAUCGCCGCCGGCACUCUGCCCCCAGGGCCGCACCCCUGACCUGGAGGCGCUGUUGGCGGUGAUGGGGAGCGCCCAGGAGUUCAUCUAUGCCUCCGUGAUGGAGUAUUUCCCUACCACGCGCUUCAGCCACCCCCGCAGGUACUGGCCCGUGCUGGACAACGCGCUGCGGGCGGCAGCCUUCGGCAAGGGCGUGCGCGUGCGCCUGCUGGUCGGCUGCGGACUCAACACGGACCCCACCAUGUUCCCGUACCUGCGGUCCCUGCAGGCGCUCAGCAACCCCGCGGCCAACGUCUCCGUGGACGUGAAAGUCUUCAUCGUGCCGGUGGGGAAUCACUCCAACAUCCCGUUCAGCCGGGUGAACCACAGCAAGUUCAUGGUCACGGAGAAGGCCGCCUACAUAGGCACCUCCAACUGGUCGGAGGAUUACUUCAGCAGCACGGCGGGGGUGGGCCUGGUGCUCACCCAGAGCCCCGGCGCGCAGCCCGCGGGGGCCACGGUGCAGGAGCGGCUGCGGCGGCUCUUUGAGCGGGACUGGAGUUCGCGCUACGCCGUCGGCCUGGACGGACAGGCCCCGGGCCAGGACUGUGUUUGGCAGGGCUGAGGGGGCCCCUUUUUCUCUCGGCGACCCCGCCCCGCACCCGCCCUCCCCUCGGACCCGGCCUGGGCUUCGGCCGCUUCCUCCUGCAAGCAGCCCGGGUCGGCUCUGCGCCCGGAGCCGCCCGCGACCGCCCGGGCGCCGCGCACCGCCCGCCAGCUCUCCGAUUUCCGGGUCCGGCCCCCCUAAGCCCCGCCUCCUCCAGGGAGCCCUCCAGGAGGCCGCUACCCUGACUCCUGGCCCACAGGCCAGGCCUAAAAAACGCUCGUGGCUUC